GAACUUAACAAAGAGCGAUGGAGAUACUUCAGAUGGACACCCCGAACAGCAUGGAUUUCGUUCAUGUACGCCAUUGCCGUCCCUAGCGCUCUCGGAUACGUGUUCGCCAAAGCUGAUGGCAAAUAUGUCCUGCGCGGAAAGCUAAGGGGUGACACGAUCAGCGAGUUUUGA